ACGGUGAUCAUGGAGAUGAGGAAUGCUGACGGCACCUGGCCCAGCUCCAGACCUCAGAUCAUGAGGAACUCUGUGGAGGACCAGGACUCGUACCGAGGUCAGCCGGGGGUCUGCGGCCUCACCAACCUGGGCAACACCUGCUUCAUGAACUCCGCCCUGCAGUGUCUGAGCAACACUCCUCCUCUGACCGAGUACUUCCUGCAGAGCUCCUACCUGGAGGAGCUGAACUUCACCAACCCUCUGGGCAUGAAGGGCGAGAUCGCCGAGGCCUACGCCGACGUCAUCAAGCAGAUGUGGUCCGGACGCCAUUACUCCGUGGUGCCGCGGGUCUUCAAG